UCACUACAGUUUCAUAAAGCUGACCUCAGUCAGUUCAUAUUGAGCUGUGGCUGUGUGAUUUGCUCUCUUAGCUGCUAUAGAGACUUUCUGGAAGCUUCUUAUUAGCUUUUGAAAAGAGACAUGGCACAAACUGGACUUCUAAUUUUUCUCCUCAUUAGCAUACUACUGCUGGAUCAAGCUACUGGCCAGGCUUCCAAGUUCAAAGCCAGAAAGCACAGUAAACGUAGAGUGAAAGAAAAGGACGGUGAUCUAAAGACUCAGAUUGACAAGCUGUGGCAAGAAGUAAACUCCCUGAAAGAAAUGCAGGCACUUCAGACAGUCUGUCUUCGUGGAACAAAGAUCCAUAAGAAGUGCUACCUGGCAUCUGAAGGUGCCAAGCAUUUCCAUGAAGCCAAUGAAGACUGCAUAGCCAAGGGAGGGACACUGGCUAUCCCCAGAGAUAAUGAUGAAACCAACUCCCUUCGAGACUAUGGCAAGAAAAGUCUGCCAGGGGUUGCAGACUUUUGGCUGGGUAUCACCGACAUGGUAAACGAAGGGAAAUUUGUUGAUGUCAAUGGGAUGGCUCUAAACUAUUUCAACUGGGAUCGCUCCCAACCAAAUGGGGGAAAGCGUGAAAACUGUGUCCUGUUUUCCCAGUCAUCUCAAGGCAAGUGGGGGGAUGAAGUCUGCCGUACUGUCAAAAGAUAUAUUUGUGAAUUUCUAAUCCCAUAAUUCCAUUCCCAUUAGCUGCACCAAUAUUUGGUUAUUAAUAUGCAGGUUUUGCAUGUUAGUAGUUCCUCCUACUUACAACGGUGAAUUGAAAAUACUUAUUGAAAUGCACAUCUCCCACAAUACACAAACCUUGCCCUAAGGCAGGAAUUUUCUUUAUUAAUUUAUUUUCCAUUCAACUGCUAAAAAGGUUGUGUUUAGUGAGGUCUCUCACCAUGCAACUGUCGCAUAUGCUGUACGUUUUGUUUUCAGAUGUAUUGCAUCAUAUUUUGCCAUAUACUCACAGUCCGAUGUUCAUGUUAUCAACAUCGUAAAGUCAAAAUCCAUCUUUCAGACCCACACUACAUAUCUCUAUAGAUUAGUGAUUGCUUGAACUCCA